AUGCCUUCACCCACAGACGUUGCACACCAAUUCGACUCAAUUGAAGACACAAUCGCCGCUUUCAAGAACGGCGAAUUCAUCAUUGUCCUCGAUUCGCAAGACCGCGAGAAUGAAGGCGACCUCAUCAUCGCCGCGGAAUCCAUCACAGCCGCCCAAAUGGCCUUCCUAGUCCGCUACACCAGCGGCCUGAUUUGCGCCCCGAUCACUCCCACCCUGGCAACUCGCCUGGCACUCCCACAGAUGGUCCUCGAGAAUACCGACCCCAAAUGCACCGCAUACACAAUCACAAUCGACUCCGCCGACGACUCCAUCACAACCGGUAUCUCUGCCGAAGACCGCGCACUCACCUGUCGCACUCUGGCGUCCCCGGAUGCGCAAAUAGACUCCUUCCGCAGACCGGGCCAUAUCAUCCCGCUGCAGGCUCGGCCGGGCGGCGUGCGCGAGCGCACUGGUCACACCGAGGCUGCGGUGGAGUUCUGUCGUCUGGCUGGUAAGGCGCCUGCGGGUGUGAUUGCCGAGUUGGUGGAGGAGGGAACUGUCGUUCCUGGUGUGGCGGAGGUGGGAGGUAUUAAUGGCAUGAUGCGCCGGGAUGGAUGUCUGGCGUUUGGAAAGAAGUGGGGACUUAAGGUCUGUACAAUUGAGGAUUUGGUGGAGUAUGUGCACAGGACUGAGGGCUCUGCGAAUGGCAAGCACUAG